GUCAAUAGAAAACCUUGCUGGGGUAGACGAUGGUUUAGAUACAUCGGAUGAAUAUAAUGAUUUAGGAGGUAUGACAAUGGAAGAUUCUGAUGUUAAAAAAACUGAAGAUAUAGCAACUUCUGUACCAAUGCAACAGAAAAAUGAUUUAACGGAAAAGAAUAAAUCAAUACCCAAUAUUGUGAAUAACACAAAAAAACCAGCGAUAGCUAACGUUAUCGAUGCGUCAAAUUUCUCCGAUGAAAAGCCAGAAAAAGAAUUGCCUAAGAUUGAUGGCCUAUCAUUUGCAAAGAUCAAUGAUAAAAUUUUAAACGAGAAGUCAAAUGCAAGUAUUCCAAUGACAAAGACAUUUUCAAAGAACCAAUCCAGAUUAUCAUCCGGUGCACAUUUCGAUAAAACUAUGCAUGUAGACAAUGAUAAUAUUCUUCAUGAAUUAAUUCAACCAACACCUUUGGAUCCAAAAACUGGUAAACUUAUUUCUAUUGCUGAUGGUGAUAAUGGUAAAAAUAUUGAUUUACUUAUUCCAAGUGUCCUAAAAAGUGAAGAUGAAAUUCCUAAAAAUAUUUACUCUGGAAAUUCUGAGAAGCCAGUCAGUAUAUCAAAUUCUGGCCAUAAUGGUUUUAAUCAAAAUUCACUCAACUCCAAAGUUUCUAUUCCUGUAGGACCUAUGUUAAUAACUAAUAAAAACGAACUGUCAUCAGUUUCAAAUGUAAUUGAUCAUCAUAAUAAUAACUUAAAUUAUGAGGAUGGAGAACCUAAUGGUAAUGGACGUGGUGAAACUAAACUCAAGAUGGAUAAAGAUUUAUCAGAAAACAAACACAUAAAUAUUUCAUAUGAACAAAUCAAACAAGAAAAUAAUGCGUUUUCGUAUGCAGCUGAUAACGAUGAUCACACCAACCAUGAGAACCUUAAGAAAUUUGGAAAAACUAAAAUGAAUAAUCCUUCAUUUUUAAUUGAUAAUGAUGAUAAUUAUUAUGAUUCAAAUCACAUGGACAAAUUAACAAAAAUAAAGAGUGUUAAAAAUAAUAUUAGUCAUUUCACACCAUCAAUUAUAGUAUCUUCCGAGGAUAAUUCAUCAAUAAUAUCAGAUAACAAUUUAAUAAAUGAAGAUGAUAACCCAUACGGUUGCAUGCUACAAAAGUUUUCCACAAAAUAUGUUGAGGGUGGUGAUUCGAAUAGUAAUUUAUGGGAAACUGUUCCGCCAAAAAAAAGUAACAUUUAUAAUGAACAUAAGGAAUUUGAGAAUUUUAAUAAUGAUUUAAAACAAUCCAAUGGUUAUACUGUGUAUAACGCAAUUCCAAGCAAUGUUAAUAAUGAUAAAAAAAAUGAAAUAGAAACUGGAGCUGUCAAAAACAGUUAUGACGAUAAAGAAAAUGCUGAUAUUCACAAUAACAUUUACGAUGAUUUAUUCAAAAAAAUGUCAGAGCAAUUGUUUAAAAAAAUUGAUAAUAUUGAUGAUAAAAUUUCUAAAUUUGAUAAAUCAUCUAACAAUGGCUCUUAUAUCAAAGAAAAUUAUAAUGUAAGAUCUGAUCAUCCUAGUGAUCCUAGUACCAAACAAAUUAUAUUAAUGAAUGGUUUACCUAAUAGUAAACCAAAAAAUGAAAAUGACAUACAAGAGCCUGAUUCAAAAACAAAUGAAUCAGUAGAAAGUAUUGAGACAGUAAAAAAUAAUGAAAGUAAUAAUGAAAAUAAAAUCAAGGAAUCUACAAAACUACAGAAAGAUGAAGAUAAAAAACAUAAAAAACCAAAUAAAAAACAUAGAAAGCAUGCAGAACAUAAAAAGCGUAAAAAGAAGAAAAGUCAUAAGAAAAAUGAAAUAAUCGAUUAUGAUGACGAUGAUGACAGUCAUAAAAAAUAUAAAAGUCAGAAGACAAAAGAUAUAAAGAAUGAUGAUGACAGGUUUAAGAAAAAUAAAAAUAAAAAUAAAAACAAAAACAAAAAUAAAAAUAAAAACAAAAACAAAAAUAAAAAUAAAAAUGAAAUAAUUGAUUAUGAUAGUUAUGAUGAUAAUGAUUAUGAUGAUGAUUAUGAUGACGAUGAUGAUGAUGAUGAUGAUGACAAACGUAAAAAAAAGAGUCAUAAAAAAAAUUAUAUUAAUGAUGAUGAUGCCAAAGUUUCACGAAGAAGAAAAACUGAUAAUAAAAAGAAAAAAAAGAAAAAAGAAAACAUAUCACCUCACGAACGCAGUGAAGUUAAUAGCAGUACUAGUCUUCAAAUUAAUAGUGAAGAUAAUAAUUCUGUAAAAGGUUUAAAAAUGAAAAGUAAAUCGAAAAAUUCCAAAAAAACUAAUUCAACUAAAAGCAAAAAGUCGUUGCCUAAAAAGAAAUCAAAACAUAAGAAACGAUCCAAAUCUAUUAACUAUAAAAAUAAAGAGAUAACUGUGGAUGUCAGUGAUACAGAUUCAAGUUCAAAUGAGAAUAAUUAUAAUUUGAAAAAAACCUACGUAAAAACUAGAAGUAACAAUAAUCAAAAUAAUGCACCAAAAGAGAAAAAGCAUAAACAUAAAAGGAGUAAACAUAAAAAGCAUUAUAAACCUUUAAAAACUAAAAAAGUGUACAAAUAUAAAGAAAUCCCCGUAAAUAAUGAAGAUAAAAGUUCAGAUGAAAAUAAUGUUAAUAAUUUAGAAGAAACCUAUAAUAUAAACAUUAUUAAUGAUGAUAAAGCACUGAAACAGAAAAGGCUUAGACAUAAAAGACUUAAAAAAACGAAGAAUUUUGAUAUUAAUAUUGUAAAAGACACUGACAAUCAAGUUCUAAAUAAAGAUACUAAUACGAAGCACGGAUAUCAAUUCUACACUUUUUAUCAUCAAUACCCAUAUACUAAUCCAUUUGGAAGAAUUUUUUCUAACCCAUUAUACAUACGAUAAUACUAAUGAUAACAACUUAGAAAAACACCUCGUUCUUAUUGAUCAAUAAGUAAACCGUUUUAACACAGGUACCUGUACUUUUAAUAUUAACCAAAUUUAUAAACUGUGGUUGUUUUAUUACCAAUGAACACGAAUUUACAUCUGGAUUUCAACAAUUUAUAGUUAAUAAAAUAUAAAUAAUACAUGUAAAUAUAUUAUUAUAAUCUUAUGAAAAAUUAAGUUUAAUUAUU